UCCCAGGCGUUCCGUUGUUGGAUGAGAACGCCUGGGAACGAGGUUAAUUCAAAGGGAAAGGGUUGUCCCGCCCCCCCACUGAGCAGCGGUCGCGGUAGCACUAAUGUACUCUUGAGCAGCACUCAGCUCCAGCAGUCAACUCCACUCCACUCAACCCUGCUGCACACCGCGCCGCACUAGUGUGAAACAUUGGGCUUCAAAGUUUGAAUCGGCGCGCAUUGAUUGACCAACGUCAACAUCAAUCGGGAACCAAAGUUGGAGUUGGAGUAUUUGGAGACACGUUGACACAGGUUUUGCCACACACUGAGGAGUGCAGUUAUACAUCGGAUAGCGUAACGGAGGACUUCUGUUCCGUUAAAAGGUGGCAUUGAAUUGUUUUUUAAAAGGUUCCUGUGAAAAAAUGGACAUUCAGAGAGUGGCAUUGUGUUUAUCUUACGUGAUAUUAUACCUGGAUAUAUCCCUGAGCCAAAAGGACUGCACCAGCGUGGACUGUCCCGUUCUGCAGAAUUGCAUUGAGGAAGUGCUGGAGGUGGGUGCGUGCUGUGCCACAUGCGUUCACAAGGGAUGCACCUGUGAGGGGUACCAGUACUAUGACUGCGUCAACGCAGGCUUCCGCAAGGGGAAAGUUCCCCAGGGAGAGUCCUACUUUGUGGACUUUGGGAGCACCGAGUGCUCCUGUCCCCGCGGAGGAGGGAGGAUCAGCUGUCAGUUCAUCCCAUGCCCAGACCUUCCCUCUAACUGCAUUGAUAUAAGACAGCCUGCAGACGGUUGUCCGCAAUGUGGGAGGAUUGGGUGUGUCCAUGGCAACGACAAGUACAAGGCCGGCCACAGGUUCCAUAUGGACCCGUGCCAGAUGUGCUACUGCCCUAACGAUGGAGGCCACCUGGUGUGUUCACCCGUUCCUGGGUGUAAUCCGCACGGUAGUAAAAAAACAAUGCUGACCCCUCCAACGGAGAACAAUGAGCCUUUACGAGGUGUCAGUCACCUGCCAGACAACACACAGACCCGGCCUCGGGAGCCCUUUUCAAAGCUGCCGCUUGGCGACACUCUGCCUCUGUAUAAGCAGGACCCGCCCGCUUUUGGCACAGACGAGCAUGACUAUACCUUGGCAGAACCCACCUCUUCCCUGCCGCUGGAACGGGACCAAAUCCUCAAAUCUAUCGCAUCCCCGCUAGCACACCCGGAAGCCAGCUUCGUUUCCUCCACCUCCCGUGAUGACAGGAGGAGAGAGGAGCCCGGAGAGACACCGGGAAGUCUGGACCAGGAGAGGAACUAUCAGCUCAAGGUUCGCCAUCAGCUGCUGCGACAGUACACUGAACAGCCUGCCGCGGGAGCUCGCAGUGAAACGAUAACCUCGGCGGGCAUGGCCCCCACCACGCCGAGCGGGACCACGGAGAGUCCCACGCCGCAACAGGAAGCCCCUGGGAGGACCGCUCGGCGUCAGGACGGAGACCAGGAAAGGGUGGCGCCGAACACGUCAAAGGACACGCCGGCGUUCUCUGCCGCUUCUGGUAAAGAAGGCAGACUCGGCGGCCAUCACAGGCACAGGCAGCUCAACUCUAGCCGCCGUGUUGCUUCACUUGCUCAAGGCCAUGAGGGACCAACGGAGGCCGUUGGGGGGGAGCAGCGCCCAUAUCCGACGGUCCAGUGGAGUCCCACCAGAAGGGCACCGGUCAGGAGGAGGGAGGAGGGAGACAAGCCAAGGAGACAGGCCCAGACGCUCCUCAAUUACCAUUCUCAGACUGCAGAGGGAGAAACAGACGUGUCGGCCGCGGAGCUGUUGAGGGUGUGCUGUGAAACGGGGGAGAAAUGGGCCACAGCUAAUGGUCACUGCCUCGCCAUGGAGCUCCCCAGAGAGGAAAGGCACUCCAUCUGUCGAACGGCCCAGAAACAAUGCUGUCUGGGUGCUCUGAGGCAGCAGCGAUGCUUGGCCGGUCUUACCGCAGCCACAAGCGGAGCGGUGUGUGAGGACAGUGAUGAAUGUGGAGGGGACGCCUACACGGAGUGCUGCGGCUGCUGCUCCCUGGGCCUGCGCCUGCUCAGCGAGGGCCAGCGCUGUGAGGCCCCCCCGUACCUGGGGCCCCGCUGCAGACAGAGCCUCCUCGCCUGCUGCCGGGCGGAGGCCGGAGCGCAGGGUGGAGGAGCGGACGGAGGCUGGCGCCCCAUCAGGGAGAGGCCCCUUCUGGACCCCACGCCCCUGCCCAAUAAAGUGUCGGACAGCCCCUUCCCGAAGGAGGCCUUCUCCAUCGGUGAGGAGGAGGAGGAGGAGGAGGAGGAGCAGCGGCAGGGGGUGCCGGACGAGGAGAACACGGCGGAGGGUCCCUUCCAGGUGGAGCACCCGUUCCAGGUGGAGGACAUGGACGAGUGUGCGGUGUACCAGGACAGCCUCUGUCCGCAGCGCUGCGUCAACACGCCCGGCUCCUUCAGAUGUGAAUGCUUCGCUGGCUUCUUGCUGCAGCAGGACAACACGUGUAAACCGGAGCGUGAGGAGAACGGCUUGGAGGAGCAUCACAAAGCCACAGCAGGAGGUGUGGAGGAGCCAACUACAACCCCACCUCCUCCUCCUCCUCCCAGCACCCCCACCCAAGCCCUGCUCAACCCCUGCGAAGGACAUAACCCCUGUGCUCAGCAGUGCCGCCCAGUGGGAGGACGGGUGCAGUGCUCCUGUGGUCGGGGCUUCUCGCUGAGGGCUGAUGGGUACUCUUGUGAAGAUGUCAACGAGUGCUUGGUGCAGAGCCAUACCUGCGGGCUGGGCUUUGACUGUGUGAACACAGAGGGUUCCUUCAGGUGCACCGCCAGGACCCAGUGCUCUGCAGGCUUUGGGCAGGACGCCCAGGGCAACUGUAUCGACAUUGAUGAGUGCAUGGGUCUGAGCCAGCCCUGCAGUCCCGGAUUCACCUGCCUCAACACCGUGGGCUCCUACACCUGCCAGAGGAAGAUGCUCAUAUGUAGCCGUGGUUACCAUGCCAGCCCAGAUGGCGCUAGCUGCAUUGACGUGGACGAGUGUCAGAACAACCUGCACCGCUGUGGCGACGGCCAGCUGUGCAACAACCUGCCGGGCUCGUACCGCUGCGACUGCCAGCCCGGGUACCAGUACGACUCCUACAGGCGGACCUGUGUGGACGUGAAUGAGUGCUGGCGAUACCCCGGCCGGCUGUGCGCCCAGACCUGUGACAACACCCCCGGCUCGUACCAGUGCUCCUGCACCACCGGCUUCCACCUGGCCGCCGACGGGAAGAACUGUGAAGAUGUGAACGAGUGUUUGGCCAACCCCUGCGGCCAGGAGUGUGCGAACAUGUACGGCUCCUACCAGUGCUACUGUAACCGAGGUUACCACCUCAGGGAGGACGGACACACCUGCGAAGACUUCGACGAGUGUGCGCAGAGUGUGGGUCACCUGUGCACCUACAAGUGUGUGAACGUGCCCGGCAGCUACCAGUGCGCCUGUCCCGAGCACGGCUACAGCAUGGCCCCCAACGGACGCUCCUGCCGAGAUAUUGACGAGUGUGCCAUAGGAGCCCAUAACUGCUCCCUGGAGCAGACAUGCUACAACAUACAGGGAGGCCACCGCUGCCUGGACCUGAGCUGUCCUCCCAACUACCGCAAAGCAGCCGACACUCGCUGUGAGCGGACUGGCUGUCCCAACCACCAGGACUGCCAGACCACGCCGCUGAGGAUCACCUACUACUACCUCAGCUUCCAGUCCAACAUCCUGGUCCCCGCGCAGAUCUUCCGCAUCGGCCCGUCCCCGGCCUACACCGGUGACAACGUCAUCGUCGCCAUCACCCGGGGCAACGACGAGAACUACUUCAGCACGCGCAAGCUCAGCGCCUACACGGGCGCCGUGUACCUCCAGCGGCAGGCGCCCAGCCCCCAGGACUUCCUGAUCGAGGUGGAGAUGAAGCUGUGGCGCCAGGGCACCUUCACCACCUUCCAGGCCCGGAUCUACGUCUUCAUCACCGGCAACCCGCUCUGACGUGACUCAGGCGUCAACGCUCAGGGGGGACUCAGGCAUCGACGCUGAGGAGUGACUCAGCCCGACGCUGGCCCGGGUCUCCGGCGGCGCCUGGGUGUGGCGCGCAACGUGAGCCAGCGGUAUUAACUUGUUUCACUUUUGGUAUUUUCUCUGCGGCCAGGUUUUGUUUUUUUCCUUAUUGAAAGAGGAUACAGUAUUCCAAGUUCAUGUAAAUUCACAGGCACGCCCCGAGCGUUGAAGCGGCUUUUAAGCGUCUGCGUGAUGGGGCUGUGUUUGAAGAGAAAGAGCGAGGAACAAAGGAGUUUGGAUGUCUCAAAUCCUGCGUGACUUUAACUUGUACUUCUCAGUAUCUGCUGCUGUAAUCGUUUGUGUCUCUGAAGUAUUUCAUACCAGUAUUUGAAUGUGAUAUCUUAGGGCAUGUAUUUUAAUUUCAAUAUAUAAGUAUAUAUAUAUAUAUAUAUAUAUAUAUAUAUAUAUAUAUAUAUAUAUACAUAUAAAUAUGCGAAAUGAUGUAUCAUAUUUUUUCUGUGUGCUUCAUAAGCUACCAUAUAUUUUUAUUAAAACAUUUAAAACUUCUGUCUUUGUGUUUGUUUUUCCCUCAUAACAGUUGUAUUGUAUUUAGUAGUAGUUGUAUUUUAUUAUCUUAGGAAAGAUUAGCAAAGACAACGAAACAGGCCAUGCUUGGGCACUUGAGAAAAAUUUCCUUUGGUCAAAAAAAAUCAUGAAAAAUAUGAUCUCAUGUUUGAACUUCAUUACCUACAUACUACAUGUGUCGCGGUAUAUGGUGAACCUGGGAGGGGGGCUACGAUGUAUGAAGGGGUUCUUGUCCGGGCCUGUCUGCCUGUAAAUAUACAUGCCUAUUUACAUACCUGUUCACACCUUGUUGUUGAGCUCAUCAUACACAACAGCCUUAUCGCUUUCCAUGUACCAUUUUGGCAAACCGUUUUAUGACACCUAAUUUAAUAAUUAUAAUACUGUGCCUAUACAUUCAAUAAAAAAUAUGAUUGAUGGCUUAUUUGUGUUUCACUUAACUCCAUGACGGUUCAUGGAGUUUAUCCUCACAGAAAAAGAGUUAGACUACCAUCUACAGGCUGCACGCAGUAUAACACCAGCCCUCUUUCUUGUUCCUAAGCAACAGUAUAAAAUGUACUUUGUUUAAAUAGAAAUUAAAUAACUUUUACAGCGUUUUGGUGUGGUUCCAUUU